ACAUAUUACUUAUUUAGUCACAAUAAAAGAUAUUCCAAGAAUUUUGGAACUUGUCAACAAUUUUUGAAAUAAAACUAUAUUUCCAUCAAAUAUCAAGAUUUCUGAUGAAGCUUUCAACUUUCAUAACAUGGAAAUGAUAAACACCAGACAAACAUUUCUAAUAAAGUAAACAAAGACACCAUUUUCAACCUAUUGCCACCUUACAUAGUUACAUAGUUAAUAGUGGGCUACAAGCUUAGAACACAGGUGUAGGAUCCUAAGAGUUAAGACAUCUUCCUCUUUGCUACAGUCAACUAAAGCUUUUGAGAGAAAGAACAAUGACUACCCUCAUUAUCCCUGAUCAUGCUGAUCAUAUUGCUGAUGCUGAGGCCCUUCGAAAAGCUUGCCAAGGAUGGGGAACUGAUGAGAAGGGUAUCAUCAAUGUGAUUUGUCACAGAAAUGCAGCCCAUAGGAAGUUGAUCAAGGAGGCUUAUAAACAACAGUACAAUGAAGAUCUUAUUAACCGAUUUGAGAAAGAGCUUUCUGGCAAUUUUAAGAAAGCUGUGUAUCUAUGGAUGUUGGACCCCUUUGAUCGGGAAGCUGUUCUAGCUUAUGAAGCUCUGAAGAAAGCGGAUUACCAAGCAGUGAUAGAGCUCUCGUGCAUCUCAUCGGCUGAAGAACUCUUGGCAGUCAAGCGGGCCUAUCAGAUUCAAUACAAACAUAGCUUGGAAGAAGAUGUUGCUUCUCACUUCUCCGGUGAUAUGUGCAAGCUGUUACUUCUGCUGGUUAGUGUUUAUAGGCACGAGACUGAAGUAUCAGAGCCAGAACUGGUCAAGGCAGAGGCUGAAAUCCUUCACAAUUGCAUCAAAGAUAAGGCUUAUAACCAUGAUCAGAUUAUAAGGAUCCUCACCACAAGGAGCAAGGCUCAGCUAAUCUCAACCUUUUACUGCUUUGGAGAUGUAUAUGGCACUUCCUUUGCUGAGAGUUUGGAUUCGGCUCAUGAUCAAGACUUUGUCGCAGCUCUCCAAGCUGCCAUUCGAUGCAUCAAGUGCCCCUUGGAGUACUUGGAACAGGUUCUGGCUGAUGCACUUAUGAAGCACGGAACUAAUGAAGAUGCACUGACAAGAGUGAUAGUAAAAAGAGCUGAGAAGGACUUGCUAGAGAUCAAGGAGCUAUUCUACAAAAGGCACAGUAGGACCCUGGAGCAGGUUGUGGUAAAAGAGACUCAUUGGGACUACGAGACCUUCAUCCUUGCGUUGCUCGGAAAAGAGGAUCAUUGAACAACAGAACAUAAUAGACGAUCUCAGCGUUAUCACUGUUGUCAUCUCCUUUUGAGUGCAAUAUUUUUUAGCUUUAUUUUUACUGGGCAUCAAUGUUGGUGUGAGACUAUACAUGGCUUUGUGCCUUUUAUCCUUUUCUGUGUGCUAUGUAUUGCCCAGAAUAAUGUAUAUAUGAAUUUUCUACUCUUAUGUAAAUUUGGUGUAA